UAAUUGGUUCACUAUAACUUUUUAUAUAUUCUGGGCAAUCUUGGAAUCAUUUGAAUCUUAAUUCUGUUCCACCUCAAGGCAAAUUAAAGCAGAAGAAAUGUGUCAACUCAAGUAAAACACCAUGGAGAAUACUAAUGACACCUCUCAAGAUGUCAUCAAUUUCACACAGAAUGAAGUUCUGAUUAAUAUGCCACAGAACUCCAUGGAAGUACAAGUUAUAACAAUUGUUCUCGCACUUCUAAUAUGCGGAGUUGGGAUAGCGGGGAAUAUAAUGGUGGUGUUGGUUGUGCUGCGCACCAAACACAUGAUGACCCCUACUAACUGUUAUCUUGUCAGUCUGGCUAUUGCGGACCUUGUCGUCCUUUUAGCGGCAGGUUUACCUAAUAUUUCUGAAGUAGUCGACUCUUGGAUAUACGGCUACGCUGGGUGCCUUUGCAUCACAUACCUGCAAUACCUGGGUAUCAAUGUAUCAUCCUGCUCCAUCACAGCCUUCACCAUUGAGCGCUACAUUGCUAUCUGCCACUCCAUCAAGGCGCAAUUUAUUUGCACUGUGUCUCGGGCGAAGAGGAUCAUUUCUUUUGUGUGGAUUUUCACCUCGCUUUACUGCAUGAUGUGGUUGUUUUUAGUGGACACGAACGAAACUGUCUACGCCGAUGGGGUGUUGGUCAGCUGUGGCUACCGUGUCUCAAGAAACCUCUACAUGCCAAUUUACUUUCUAGACUUAUCUUUGUUUUAUGUCCUCCCUCUGAUUGUGGCUGUUGUGCUGUACGGUCUCAUCGCAAGGAUUUUAUUCAUGAGCCCCUUGCCAACCAAUCUCAACGGCAAUAGUGAAGGUUCUAUACACCAGGGACGUUCCAGCAGCACAGUCAAGGUGUUGGGCAAAUCAAACAAGGGUGCAGUGACGUCAAGAAAACAGGUUACUAAGAUGCUUGCAGUGGUGGUGAUUAUUUUCUCCCUGCUCUGGAUGCCAUACCGGACGCUGGUGGUGGUAAACUCUUUCAUGGACCCACCCUACCUAAACACAUGGUUCCUGCUCUUCUGCCGCUUAUGCAUCUACACCAACAGUGCCAUCAACCCUAUCAUUUACAACCUGAUGUCUCAGAAGUUCCGGGCCGCCUUCAAAAAGCUUUGCAAGGGCAAAGGACAAGACCCAGAGAAGGUUACCAAGUACAGUGUGCCAGUGUAUUACAGUGUCAUGAAGGACUCUUCCCGUGAGAGCCCUGAGCACACAGAGCAGGAGGAUGUCAGCAGCUAUGGGGACACUGGUGGAAAGAGGAUCAACUUCACAGAUAAGUGUGGGAACACCGGCACUAUGUUCAGCAUUGCCUGAUAGACGGACAAAAUAGAAAUAAGUUAUUUGUGUAAAGUGAGGUUUUAUAAAGUGAAUGUGAUGUAAUUAUUUUGCCAUGUGUCAGAAGUCAGUAGGCUACUACCGCUUUUUCUUUUUACAUAUACUUUUUUGUAGUUUACUUGUAUUUACUGUUGGAAUAUAUUGUGCAAUCUUAUAGCACAGCCCAAACCUCAGAAUCUCUCAUUAAAAACCCAUUACCUGCUUGUUAAAAGACAUUAAGUCACUCAAACAAUCUAAAAGAUUGGCUGUAGAACUCCUUGAUUGUUCCUUAGAGACUAUCCUGGGUUUAAUCUUUGCAUUUAUCAGAAACACUUCAAUACUACAUUGUUUCAACUCAUUCUUACUCAGUAACUGCUUCAUUUUUGUUUUGUUUACUCAACUUUUACUAUUUAAAAAUGUGUUGGCCCAAACUUAGCUCCAACUUGAGAAAACGUAGGCAAAAAUUCUGUCAACUAGAAAUUAUUGUUAGGUCAUCUUACCAAAAAAAAAAUGCUGUGGAACUAGUUGUGACAAACAAACAGAGCUUUUAACUUACAAUGUUUUCAACUUACAUAUUUUACAUUGUGAAUGUUCAUUUAUGCUGUAAUUUAUAUUCAACAUGGGAUUUGAACUCAUAACAUCUUGCUUCACAGCAUUCUUAUCUUCCCGCUAUGUAGUCACAACCAUGUCUGUGUCAAUGGCUGAUUUCACCUCUAUUGCUACACUUUGCAAUUCAAAGUAAAUCUCAAUUCUGUGUACUUUUAAGUACACUCAAGGAAAACUAUUGUAUGUAUCAUAGUGAUUAAGGAGUAGCAUUAAAACAGAGUAAUAUCCCUCACCAGCAUAAGACAACUAUACAGAAAAAACUAAAAUUGCUGAAAUAAGUCAAUCAAACCAACAAUGAGAGACUAGUCAGAUAAACUGAUCAUUUGCACAGACUUGGUGCUAUAAGAGGAAGAUCGGAAUGCCAUGAACCAAGAGUUUGCUUGUGAGUUCAAAUCCCAGGUGAGGACAUGUUGAAUAAGAAUUACUGUAUUUUUUUAUUUUUAAAUCUACCUUUAUUUAACUAAGCAAGUCAGUUAAGAACAAAUUCUUAUUUUCAAUGACGGCCUAGGAACAGUGGGUUAACUGCCUGUUCAGGGGCAGAACGAUGACCAUUAUUUUUCAUUACCACAUGUCAGAGGCAUGAAAAAUGAGCGAAUGGACUUGAAAACUGGUGGUAUAGCAUCCUGCACUCGAAAAUGUGAUGUGAAUAAUGAGCGAAUGGACUUGAAAACUGGUGGUAUAGCAUCCUGCACUCGAAAAUGUGAUGUGAAUAAUGAGCGAAUGGACUUGAAAACUGGUGGUAUAGCAUCCUGCACUCGAAAAUGUGAUGUGAAUAAUAAGUGAAUGGACUUGAUAACUGGUGGUUUAGAAGAAGCAUGCACUCCAAAUUGCGUUGAGUAGAGUGGCCAAAACUGAGACCUGCGCAGACAGCAGUGGCACAUCAAUUCUGGCCUAAUGACAAUCGCCAAUUGUCAUCACAUGUCGUCUCUUUCUAUUCACCACUGUUUGGAGGCUGGAAAUAUGUUGCGAGUGGAUGAACGUGCACUGGUAGCCUAGUAAAGGAGCCGUUUGCAGUGACUGUUUGAGAAUCAGAAGAAAACAUUAUGACUGGUUGUAUUAAUGCCUUUAAUAAAAGGUCAUACAUUUUAAAAAUUAAAUGAUACAUCUUUAUUUCUAGGCCCACACAGAGCCUAUUGAAUUAAUAGGGAUUCUAUAGUGUCAUCAGAAAGUACAAAUACUCCCUGAUUUAUUCCACAUGUUGUUGUGUUACAUACAGACUGAAUUGAAAAUGUAUUAAAUUGUUGAUUUUGUUUCUCUCACUCAUAUACACAAAUACCCCAUAAUUACAAUGUGAAAACAUGUUUUUAGAGAUUGUUGCACAUUCCUUGAAAAUGAAAUACAGAAAUAUCUCAUUUCCAUAAGCAUUCACACCCCUGAGUCAAUACAUGAUAGAAUCACCUUAUGCAGUGAGUACAGAUGUGAGUUUUUCUGGGUAAGUCUAAGAGCUUUGCACACCUGGAUUGGACAAUAUUUUUUAAACAUUAUUCUUAAAAUAAUUCUUCAAGCUCUGUCAAGGUGGUUGUUGAUCAUUGCUAGACAGCCAUUUACAAGUCUUCCAAUAGAUUUUCAAUCCGAUUUAAGUCAAAACUGUAACUAGGCCACUCAGGAACAUUUAAUGUCAUCUUGGUAAGCAACUCCAUUUUAUAUUUGGCCUUGUGUUUUAGGUUAUUGUCCUGCUGAAAGGUGAAUUUGUCUACUAGUGUCUGUUGGAAAGCAGACUGAACCAGGUUUUCCUCUAGGAUUUUACCUGUGCUUAUUGUAGCUCUACUCCAUUUAUUUGUAUCCUAAUAAACUCCCUAGUCC